CAUUGUAUAUAUAUCCACCCCCGUUUCUAUUCUUCCCAAUAAACCAAUUUCGCACUUUUCCAUUUUUCACCAAACAUUUAUUUCGUGCACACAUCUUUCACGUUGGUGUAUUGAGUUGAAGUUCUAUUAAGAUGAGGCCUGGUGAAAAGUUAUAUGGUUUCCAUGAGGAACCAAAGAAGGUGAUCAUCAAUGGUCCACGUCCUUCCUCUUUGGUGAUCAACAAAGAUUCUCACAUGAUACGCAAAGAAACCAAACUCCAAAGGCCACAGAGGAUUAAUCCCAUCAUCAUUUACACCGAAUCUCCCAAGGUUAUCCACACCAAGGCCAAAGAUUUCAUGGCUCUUGUUCAAAGACUCACGGGUAGGUCAAGCACCAAUGAUAAUUUGUCCACUACCGCUUCACUUCCUCAAGAGGGUUCUGAGAAUUUUGGAUCAUCUUUAUCUGAUGGGUCAAACUACAAUAGCAAUGAAACAAGCUCGGCUCUUAGGAGAUUUGGUGAGAAUUUGGUUGAGAGUGGUGCAAUUAUUCAACAUGGUCCCUCUCAUCUGGAUUUUGUUGACAUGCCACUUUCUACUCCAAAUUCCUCAGAUUUCUUUUGCUCUUCUCGAUCAUCAGUGUAUAAAUAUUCUGAUUCUCCAUAUGGGGUUUUGGGAAGUUUGAUAUCCCCUUCCGGGUUGGAAUUCAUGAAAGAGUUGCCUGAAUAUUGAUAUCAAUUCAUUUGGGUGCACGCUUUGUUCAUAUUUGCUCGAGGGUCUCUUUAACCUUUUUUUUUUUCUCUGUAAAUUUUGUUGUAUUAGUGUUACGGUGCUGAUCAACUACGACACUGACUACGAUGAGAUUAGUGUGAAUUAUAUUAUAGGGAGAUUUAAUUCAUUCUUUCUGGACAUAAGAAGAAUAAGUUCAUCAGUUUGAUUUUGUUAGUGUAAUUUCAUUCUCCUGUACGUUGUAUUCUGUUUCCAUGUUCCUUUUUCGUUAAUUACAUAAAAGCUGCAAUUCGAUCUGUAAUCAUCUUGUUUCUUCUUUGCAUUGGAUAUGCAAGCGUUUAUACUAUUA